UUUUUUUUUCAGUCUAUUUAUUUAUUUAUUUUAUAUAUUCCUUGAAAAUAUAGAUAGAAAAUACAAAUAUAAUAUCUAUUUUUCCGUAUAACUUUUUUACUUCUUUAACAAUAUGGAAUAUAACUACAUAAGACCGCCUAUGCCAGUUAUCUAUCCUCCAAAGCCUAUCCGGAAAAUCAGAAAGACGACCGAGUUUGAGAGAGGAAUGAUUAUCGGAAGGUUCAAGUGCAACAUGACCAUCACAGAUAUCUCUGAAGCAGAGGGUGUGCCUCGAGAGACAGUCAACCGUAUCAUCAACAAGUACCUUCACACUGGCUCAGUAACCGACCGCAAAAGCUCAGGCAGACCAAAAAUCAUCCAGGAAGAUGACGUAGACUGUCUGAGGGAGAUUUUGAACGAAGACCCCCAACAGACUUUGACCGAUAUUACAAAAAAGGUCUGCGAUUUGAAAGGCAGGUCAAUUAGUCCAGCGACUGUGCGAAAGCGGUUGUACGAGCUCGGCCUCCUGUCCUACGAAAGCCCACCAGGAUCCUCACCAGAUUCUACACCCAUAUCCAUGCUCAUGUCUCCACCUGUGCCUAUGCCUGUGUCUGCUACAUUACCUGUCUCUGAAAAUGCACAACCAUCAACAUCAACUUCCAUGUCCACAUCUUCAUCUUCCUCUACUCCCACACAUGAAUAAUGCUGACUAAACCCACUAAAAUAAAAUAUAUAUAAGAAUAAUAAUAAUAGUAUAAAAAAACAAAA